AUGGCCCGAAGAUGGUUGAGAGUUAAUGAGAAAAGCUUCCGUUUGCUUCCGCAGGCAAGCAAUGCCGAUGAGAACUCUUUUCAGCCACAGCAACUUCAGUGGGAACCCCUAAGAGACCCAAACUUCGCUUCCACAACCCACUCAAAAGUUCUGCCCAUAAUACUCGAAAAGGAGAACUGCAUCAACUUCGUUGCCAACGCCAUGUUGUACGCCACAUUCUACGACGUGAAAACCACUGUCGCCUCCCUCUUCUACGAAAUCUACGAAAUCUACGGCUUCCAAAUCGGCCUCUGUUACCUCCCCAUUGGCAUCAGAGCGUUCAUUGCCUCCAUCUCCAACAGCUUUAUCCUUGACUGCAGCUACCGCCGCAUAGUUAGGAAGCAGGGCAUACCUGCCUGCCGCGACAAGCAGGGGGACUUCCGCCAUUUCUCAUCCAACACGCAAGGAGCUGGAGAUUCCAUUCAUGGUCAUGUAAUUUUUUUUACCAAAAAUGAUAAAGAUGCCAUGACAUUCAAAAUAGAUUCUGUCUAA